AUGUCGCAAACAAACGGUACCCACACCAAGAAAGCCGUCCACUUCGGUGCCGGUAACAUCGGCCGUGGCUUCGUCGCCUGCUUUCUCCACAACUCCGGAUAUGAGGUCGUGUUCGCCGACGUCACGGACAGGACUUGCGACGCCCUCAACAACAAAACCUCUUACAAAGUGAUCGAGGUUGGCGCCGAGGGCACCGAGGAGAAGACCAUCACAAACUACCGUGCCAUCAACUCGAGGACAAAUGAAGAAAAGUUGCUCCAAGAGAUCGCCACUGCAGAUGUUGUGACAUGCUCAGUCGGCCCCAACAUCCUCAAAUUCAUCGCCCCUGUCAUCGCAAAGGGUCUCGACCGCAGGUCAGAGGACCUCAAACCUGCCGCAGUCAUUGCCUGCGAAAACGCUAUUGGCGCCACCGACACACUCGCCGAGCACAUCAAGGAGCACCUCCCAGCCGCUAGGGUGGAGGACUUGUCAACCCGCGCCCGUUUCGCCAACUCGGCCAUUGACCGUAUCGUCCCCGCUCAGGAUCCCAACUCGGGCCUUGAUGUCAAGCUCGAGAAGUUCUACGAGUGGGUCGUCGACAGGACACCCUUUGCCGAUCAUGAGGUCCCAUCCAUCGAGGGUAUCCACUGGGUUGACAACCUCGAGCCAUACAUUGAGCGCAAGCUGUACACCGUCAACACAGGCCAUGCCACUGCAGCUUACCACGGUUACAACAGGCAAAAGCGCACCGUAUAUGAUGCUCUUCAGGAUCGUGAGAUCCAGAGGGAGGUUCGUCGCGCGCUAGAGAACACCUCAAAGCUCAUCACUACCAAGCAUGGCAUCAGCCCUGAGGAGCAACAAGCAUACGUUCGCAAGAUUAUGACCCGCAUUGGUAACCCCCAUCUUGAGGAUGCCGUCGAGCGUGUCGGUCGCGCUCCUCUCCGUAAGCUGUCUCGAAAGGAGCGCUUUGUCGGCCCCGCUGCUGAGCUCGCCGAGAAGGGCGAGGACUGCAGCGCACUUCUCGAUGCUGCCGAGAUGGCUCUGCGUUUCCAAAACGUCGAGGAGGAUGCUGAGAGCAAGGAACUGGCUAAGAUUAUGGCAGAGAACAGUGCCGAGCAGGUUGUCUCGCAGGUUUGCGGUCUGCAGCCUUCGGAGAAGCUCUACCCCAAGAUGGUCGAGAUUGUCCACAGGGUUCAGCAAGAUGCUAUGGAUGACACUGAGUAA